GUAAAUGACCAAAGCACUCCCUAAACACAACUCACAUGGCAUAACAUGACUGGUGACUGAGAACAUACAAACUCUUCACAACCAUCUGGUCCCUCUAUCGUCAUAUAAAACUGAGUGACCUCCCAUAUCCUUUCGUGGAGAUUUCUUAGAACAAUCAUUCCUUCUUUGCAUCCAAACCCAAAAAUCCAAGGCCUCUGAUCUCCGUAAUUCAUAUAUCUUUUUUUCUCUCCUUAAUUCAUAUGACUGUCAAAAUGCAAAACAAGCCUUGUUUACUUCUUUUCUUAGUUCUCAUUCUUUCUUGCUUCAUAGCUCAAAUCCUUGGGAACAAGCAAUCACAAGCACUUGCUCAGCUUUACAAGUCCAAGUUGAAGGAAGGUGCGGGCAUCGACACAAGCCAAUUCGAGGCAAUUCUUCACGCCAAUGGAGCCAAAAUUCAUCCUCAGGAGGGGUUGAAGGAGAAGGACAGGAUUGGUAGCUUGCCUGGACAACCCCAUGUGAAUUUCUCUCAGUAUGGUGGGUAUGUUACAGUGGAUAAAGAAGCAGGUCGUGCACUCUUUUACUAUUUUGUUGAAGCGGAGAAGACGAAGGAUUCCUCACGUCUUCUUCUAUGGCUCAAUGGAGGACCUGGAUGUUCUUCUCUUGGCUAUGGAGCAAUGCUAGAGCUUGGACCGUUCCGAAUCCACAGCGAUGGAAAAACACUUUACAGAAACAGAUUUUCAUGGAACCAUGCUGCUAAUGUUUUGUUCCUUGAGUCCCCUGCCGGGGUUGGAUUUUCUUACUCAAAUAAAACAUCUGAUUAUGAUGCCAGCGGGGAUAGAAUAACAGCUGCAGAUAAUUAUGUGUUUUUGGUGAAUUGGUUGGAGAGAUUUCCAGAAUACAAGGACAGAGAGUUCUAUAUUUCUGGUGAAAGCUAUGCAGGGCAUUAUGUACCUCAACUUGCACAUACUAUUCUUUACCAUAAUAAGAGGGCUAACAAGACAAUUAUCAACCUCAAGGGCAUAGUGAUUGGAAAUGCAGUGAUUAACGAUGAAACUGAUUCAAGAGGAAUGUACGACUACUUAGCAAGCCACGCCCUCAUUUCGGAUCAAACUGCAAACAAAAUCAACAAAUAUUGUGAUUUUUCACCCAAUGCCACAAAGCAGCCUAAGGCGUGCAGUGAUGCGGCUGAUGCUGCGGCUAAGGAUACCUAUUACAUUGACAUUUACAACAUCUAUGCCUCCUCAUGCGUUUCCUCCAACCUCACUGCAAAACCCAAAAAGGCUUCAAUAUUCGAAUUCGACCCGUGCAGCGAGUACUAUGCUUAUGCUUAUUUUAACCGGCCAGACGUUCAACAAGCUCUCCAUGCCAAUGUCACUAAACUCACACAUGACUGGGAACCAUGCAGUGAUGUUAUCGCAAACUGGGCCGAUGGUGCAUCGACCGUACUGCCCCUUUUAAAAGAGUUCCUGGCUAAUGAUGUUCGACUGUGGAUUUUUAGUGGAGACAUAGAUGCAAGGGUACCAGUCACUUCAACAAAAUAUUCUAUUGAAAAGCUGAAUCUUCCAAUAAAGACUGAAUGGCAUGCUUGGUUUCUUGGUGGAGAGGUUGGUGGUUACACACAAGUGUAUGAAGGAGAGCUAACAUUUGCUACAGUGAGAGGGGCAGGGCAUCAAGUGCCAAGCUAUCAGCCUGCAAGAGGACUUUCCCUCGUCAAGCACUUCCUUGAUGGCACACCACUCCCUGAUACUACAAGAUAUACCUAAUUUCUUUAAAUAUUUACAGCUAUCAGAAUGUCGUUACCUUGUUAUUAAUUUUUUAGUCCACACAAGGUCGCUUGAUUUCUCGCUCUUCUAGUUGUAAUUUAUUUUCAUUGAUUAAUAAAAGUUCAUAACAAUUGCCUUUUCAAUUGAACCCCUACCCCCCGAAAGAUAGUCUUGUAAGCUGUAUAGU